CUCCGCGUUGCCAUAGCGAGCGGGCGGUCCUGCACAGCGGGACAUCCAAUGGAAGACGCCGCUGCUUGUGUCACCAUGGUGACGGGGCUGUGCCCAGGGAGGUUGUGAUGGGUUGACAGGUGCGUGACAAUCGGAGCUCUCUGCAAGCAUGUACGCCAAAGGCAAGAGUAGCAACGUGCCGUCCGACAGCCAAGCCAGAGAAAAAUUGGCUCUUUAUGUGUACGAGUACCUGCUGCACGUAGGAGCACAGAAGUCCGCACAGACCUUCCUCUCAGAGAUCCGAUGGGAGAAGAACAUCACAUUAGGAGAACCUCCAGGGUUCCUUCAUUCAUGGUGGUGUGUUUUCUGGGACCUUUACUGUGCAGCUCCAGAGAGGAGAGACACGUGCGAGCACUCCAGCGAGGCCAAGGCUUUCCAUGACUACAGUGCAGCAGCAGCUCCGAGCCCUGUGCUCGGGAACCUCCCCCCAGGAGAGAGCAUGCCAGUGGGUCCUGUCCCUCCAGGAUUCUUUCAGCCAUUCAUGUCACCUCGAUACCCCGGAGGACCCAGACCGCCCCUCAGACUACCGAAUCAGGGGCUUGGAGGAGUUCCAGGAGGCCAGCCGAUGUUACCCACUGGGAUGGACCCCACAAGACAGCAAGGGCAUCCAAACAUGGGUGGGCCCAUGCAGAGGAUGACCCCACCGAGAGGCAUGGUACCCCUCGGGCCCCAGAAUUAUGGAGGAGGAAUGAGACCGCCACUCAAUGCAUUGGUUGGCCCAGGGAUGCCUGGUAUGAGCAUGGGUCCUGGUGGUGGUAGACCCUGGCCAAAUCCUCCAAACUCCAACUCUACACCUUACUCAUCUGCAUCUCCAGGAAGCUAUGUGGGACCUCCAGGAGGAGGGGGGGCACCUGGAACCCCAAUAAUGCCAAGUCCAGCAGAUUCAACCAACUCUGGUGACAACAUGUACACCAUGAUAAACACAGUCCCCCCGGGCGGAAGCCGACCAAAUUUCCCUAUGGGUGCAGGCAGCGACGGUCCGUUAGGAGGGMUGGCAGGAAUGGAGCCCCAUCACAUGAACGGAUCGAUAGGGUCAGGUGACAUGGACAGUAUCUCUAAGAACUCUCCUGGUAACUUAAGUAUGAGCAACCAACCGGGGACACCCAGAGAGGACGGAGAGAUGGGAGGAAACUUCCUUAACCCUUUUCAGAAUGAAAGUUAUUCUCCGAACAUGACGAUGAGCGUGUGAAGACUCUGGAAGCAGGCUUUGGUCCGUCGCUCAGUUACCUGCUUUGGGGAAAUUGAUUUAACAACUACAACAAAAAAAUAAAAUAAAAAAAACAGCAGAGAGACACGAUAUGAUGUCAUCCAGGCCAGUGACUCUUCCUCCACCAUGGUCACUCCAGACGUCCCCCCCCCCACCCCCCUCCAUGGUUUCUGCUCAUGUCUCUUCCUUCCUGUUUCCUUCUGAGUGGUGACUCGGCUACAUUCAUCAGUUCUUCCUCUACAACUACGAGACUGUGCAAAAGGAAACCUACUGAAAAAAGCCAGAGGAGAACUCUGUAUAUUUGCAUUCAGUGUGUAAGAGACAGCAUAUACACAUCCAACAGAUGUUCCUGCCUUCUGCAUCGUAUCACGGAAUCCAAUACCCCUCAAAGCAAAAUGACAGGAUGCCAGAGAAUCCAGACAGUAUGAAUAAUUUAUUAAUCUAACUGGCCAUCAUCGCUUCUGUUUUGUCAACAAAAUGUUUUCUUGAUGACAAGAGAAAUAGAGAAUUGAGUGGAAGUUAUUUAAAGCUAGACCUAUUAUUAAGCUAGACCUACCAUUAUUAAUUAUAAGACAUUACAUUUUUCGGAUUUACAUCAUGGGAAGAGUUGUCUAAUCUUUUCUAAAUUCUUCCAAAAUGAUGACAAAAAWUUUUCACUCUGUCUCAUUUAAAGAGAUGAUUUACAUGCAAAUCAUAGUCUGCAUUAAUCAUGAUUUAAGAAUCAGUCACAAAACCUUCUCUGCUGCUUUAUUUCAAAUGACAGCCAGAUGUUAUUUAAGAAAAUAAAACUUUUAUCUGAACAUUGUACAAUUUCUACAAUUACAAUACCCUUUAAGUCAUAUUAGAUCAGGUAUUUUAUUUAAUUCACAGUGAAAGCGGUAUGUAGGAAGUUUGGUAAGUUUGCACAAAGAUGACGUGUAGAGUGCAGACUCAAAUUUGACAGUCCUUUACAGGAAGCACAUUUUCUGCAAAAAAAAAAAAAAAAUUAUGGUAUUGCAGUUUGCAUUACGUUCGAAGAGUUUAGGGGAAAUUUGCACUGCACAACUGCAAAACAAGGUUCUUCAAAACAGACUUGUUUCUUCAUUUCGUUGUCCGCAGAAACUUCUUCCUUGAAUUUGGAUCCAAAUCAUUCCUUAGCUUACAUCCUGCAGGAACAGGUUCUCUCGAAGGGAAAUCUGUCAAAUCUCCAGCCAAGAAACAGAGACUGUUAGGGAAGGAUGUAAUCUAUAAGCUUCUAAAGCACUGGUCACUCCUAAACAACCAUCAUCCGACUAAACUGUGAUUUUAGUACGAUUUAAAGAGUUGGUUGUUAGAGAAGCUCAAGUGAGCUUMUUUUCAAUCAGUUUUACAAAGCUUUCAGAGCCCACGAUUGUCAUCAUAUACAAAAAAGUCUACAUUUCUGUGAACAUGCUCCUCUCCUCUUCACCCAACUCAACGUGUACAGCUCACAAAUGUAGCUCCUCUGUCUUGUAUGUGUAUUUUGAUGUUAUUAUGAUUAUUAUUAUUUGAAUAUAAAUCUGGAGAGGAAUAUUUAAAAGAUGGAUGUAUGGGCUGAAAACACGCCCUCCCAGCUGAAUGGAAGAAUUUUGUUUUGGUUUUGUUUUCGACUGAAGCCAUAAGCGGGAGUACAGGAAGGUGGGUUAGUAAACUGGUUAACGUUUCUGUUUUCGUGGCACUAUGUGGGAAUUCAUUUGUGAUGUGUUCAUUUUCUCUUUUUUAAUCUUGUAUUAUGUUUUUGUAAAUAAGCUGAGAAGUUUCAUGGGUUUUGAAUAUGCUGGUAUAAAGCUUCUCUUCCCUUA